CAUUCUUGACCAGGCUACACCAAAGAAAGGUAAAUUUUCUUCCUUUAGUUGUUUUUCUUUCUGUUUAGUCUUAGUUGUUAGUUUCUGCCAUGCCUUAAUUGUUGUAGUUAAUUUGUUGUAUGUUUUGGUUGUUGUUUAGUUUAAUUUCCUAUUAAUGGUAGUUUAAGCAUAAUUAAUAUGCAUUAGUUGCUAUUUCUAGUUACCUUUUAUGUUAAUAAUGACUUAAGCAUGAUUAAUAGGCAUUAGUAGCUAUUAUUAGCUAAAUUUCCAGUUGUUAGUAAUUUAGCAUGAUUAGGUUCUUUAAACUACUUGUUUUAGGUUAGUUGCUUGUUAAUAUUAACAUCAAAUGGCUUAGUAUGCUUUUCAUAUGUUGCUUUAGUUUAUUUCCUGUUAAUAGUGGCUCAACAUGAUUACACUGUCUUUGCUUACUGUCUAGUUAAUGCCUUGUUAUUAAUAGCCUGAUAUAGCAUAUGUUUCACUUAUUGUUGGAUCUUGCUUAGUUUAAUGGGACCAGUAUUGCUCUUAUUGAUCAAAUCAUGUUGUUAGUGACAUUCUGAAUGGUUUAGUUUGGUUUGUAGUGUGGUAUGCCUAGGAAAUUCAUUCAGCCUUUUGUUUGCCUAUUUGGUUUACUGUUAAUAUGAUAUCAAUUUGCUGCUUGAAAUUCUUUAUUAAACCUAGCAUAAGUUCAUCAUGUCUAAGACAAGUAUAAGAACUUGUCUGUGUGCAUUCUUUGAUUUUAAUUAAAAUGUCAACUUGUACAUACCGUUUGCACCCUUUAGAUAUGAGUUCAUACCUAAAUAUGGCUUAGUUGAUUAAAAUGGAAUAACUAAUGACUUUAAAUAACAAAGUUUGUCCAUUUUAGCCUAAUAUGAUAUCACUAAGGUCCCUGUUUGAUUUAUGAGUUAAUUUUGACAAGUGUUGGCAUUUGUAUGAGCUUAUCUGAUUCACUUAGCUAAAUAAGUUUCAAAUGGGGUCUGAUAAGUCUAAAUAGGGUUAAUGAGAAUCUGAAUUUAACCGCAGUCACCUGUAGAUAUGUAGUAUCUCUGAAUGAAUGCUUUUCUUGCUUAAGAAUAAGUUGGGCACACUGAUGGUAUACUUAAAUAUACUAAGCAUAUACAAUCUCUGUAUACCUUAGGUAUAUAUGAACUUGUAUAUUUGGUAUAAAUAUGGCAUAUCAUCUAUGUGGGCUUAGAAUUGCCAGCUUGUACAUCAUAAUAGUAUUGAUUUGGGCCUGGUUCUUUGUUUGUUUGCUGUGUUGGGCCUUUCCUUUAUAUGUUGUGAGUUGGUUUAUAUUUGGGCCGCAUCUCUCGCCAUUUUACUUCAAAACUGGGCCUGCCUGUUCAAGUCCUUUCUUUAUAUUUAUAAUUUGAGCUAGGCAUUUCUUUGUAUAUGUUAACUGCAUAAGUAUGUUUUUUUUUUUUUUUUUGUACAUAAUUGGUAUAUGUGUGUAAUUAGUCUAUGUUAAACAAGUAAUUAAGUUCUAGAUACCCUCUAACCAUAAAUUUCCUUUUCCCCCUUUGUGUUUGCAUGUGAAAAUACCGUGGCCACUUGGGUCGUUUUCCUCCAUUUAAACUUGUUGGGCCUGAGGCCCAACCUUCUUCUUGAUUGAGUCCGUGCAAUGAUGGAGAUGUUUGAAGGCCCAACCAUGGGUGAAAAUGGUAACUGAUGGUCUUAGUUAUAAAAAUUUUGGACAACCCGCAAAAUGUUAGUGAACCGAAGAGGUUGUUGCCACUACUCGGAAACAUGAUGGAUGAAAUAGCAACUGUGGCUGCAAAGGAAAAUGAUCGUUCAGGGAAAAAGUUUGCUACUAAAGAAGCCAAUUUUUCGUCACUUGAGAGAGUUUAUUCACUUGCGCAGUGCACUCCGGAUCUGUCUGAAUCUUCUUGUGAUAAUUGCCUGAGAGUUGCUAUUGGGAAUUUACCGAGUGAUGGCAAGAAAGGCGGUAGAGCUAUCUGCACAAGUUGUAAUAUUCGUUAUGAGAUGUACCCUUUUUAUAACAUUACUGCUGUUGCGCCACCACCUCCACCACCAGUUCUCCGUUCUCCUCCUCCUUCUUCAAUGUCCAAUUCGACAAGCAACGAUAGAGGAAAAGGGGGAAUUGCAACUGGAGCAAUCAUUUCCAUAGUUGUUCCAAUUGUUGUUUCAAUUCUACUGUUCAUUCUUGGUUUCUGCUGGAUAAGAAGUAGAGCUUCACGAGAACUCAAUGUAGUAGAAGACAUCAUAGAUGCAGAUGAGAUUUCAACAGUUGAAUCCUUGCAAUAUCACUUGAACACUAUUCGAGCUGCCACGACAAACUUCUCUACUGACAACAUAAUUGGUGAAGGUGGAUUUGGUGUUGUCUACAAGGGUAUACUUCCUGAUGGGCAAGACAUAGCUGUGAAGAGGCUAUCAAGAAGCUCAAGGCAAGGUAGAGAGGAAUUUAAGAACGAGAUCGUAUUGAUCGCGAAGCUUCAACACAGAAAUUUAGUGAGACUAUUGGGAUACUGCUUUGAAGGAGACGAAAAGAUACUUGUCUAUGAAUUUGUCCCCAACAAAAGCCUUGACUAUUUCUUAUUUGGUUGGUUUCAAUCUGCUAAACUUUAUUCAUUUUAUUGUUCUUGUUGCUAUAAUUUAUUAAACUCUCUUUUUGAUAAAUUUUUAGAUCCUGAAAAGCAACAACUACUGGAUUGGUCGAGACGUUACAAGAUUAUAGGAGGGAUUGCGCGUGGACUACUUUACCUCCACGAGGAUUCUCGUCUAAGAAUUAUACACCGUGAUCUCAAAGAAAGCAACAUACUGUUGGAUGCAGAAAUGAAUCCCAAAAUAUCAGAUUUUGGAAUGGCAAGACUAUUUGGUGAUCAAACUUCAGAAAUUACAAGCAGGAUUGUUGGGACUUACGGUUAUAUGUCACCGGAGUAUGCUAUGCAUGGACAAUACUCUGUUAAAUCUGAUGUUUUCAGCUUUGGUGUUCUACUCCUGGAGAUCAUAAGUGGAAAGAAGAAUAGUUCAUUUUACCAAUCAGAUGGUGCUGAAGACCUUCUUAGCUAUGUUUGGAAGCAUUGGAGGGACGGCACGCCAUUGAAUAUAAUGGAUCCAACAUUUGGAGAAUCAUACUCAAAAAAUGAAGUCAUACAGUGUAUACAUAUUGGACUGUUAUGUGUUCAAGAAGAUGCUAAUGAAAGACCUACAAUGGCAUCUGUUGUGCUCAUGCUUAGUAGUUAUUCUGUUACCAUGCCAGCGCCUCAACAACCUGCAUUCUUUUUUCAUAGUCGAUCAGAGAUGAUACCAAAAGGGCUAAAAUCAGAUCAAUCUACAAGCAAGUCAAUUCCAUUGUCCGUGAAUGACGUAUCCAUUACAGAAUUGGAGCCAAGAUAGAUGGAUACAAUGAUGGAGUUUGAUGGAGUUUAAGUUUACCAUCUAGUGGGAACACCUACUGAUACGGGUCCACUUAACCUGAUGGUGUAAGAAAUUUAUAUAUGUCUUAUAGAAAGAAAUUUAUAUAUGUCUUAUAUUCUAUAUGUAAUAUGGAGGAAUAAGGUGAUUGAAUGAGACUAGGUAAGAGGGUUAUAUUCCUAAUUUCCCAUGCGAUUGGAAUUAGUUCAUGAUCCAUUUAUUAAGUAUUUCAUUCAACAAACAGUAGUAGGCAUUGAAGAUUUAAAUUCUGUUGGAUGGUUUGCCAGUGGCAAAUCUAUCUAAAUCUACAUCAAUGAAAACAUAUAUUUAGAAGUGUUAUCACUGCUUCACUCA